AUGCCUCGUGCCAACGAUACCGCUCAAAAGGUCUUUUACAAGGGCAAGUCUGAGGACUUCAUUGUCUUCGUCGAUGAUCUUGAGACCCUGCAGAAGUGGAAGAAUGACCGCAGCAUUGCUCUGUCUGAUGUGUUGAACGGCUGGAAGGUUUUUGUUUCUCAUAGCCAUGGUGCUCAAGGUAUCCUGGACGCCGCCAGCAAGUCGGCCCUGCAGAACGAAUUCGGCACCACCAACGAAGAUGAGGUCAUGACUAAGAUUCUAGAGGGCGGAGAGUACCAAGCCAACACCAACCGUGAACGUGAAGGCAGCAAGAACGACUCCAUGGGCAGUGCCAACAUCGGCCGGUAA